CACGGAGUCGCUCCCUAGAUCUGUCCAACUUUCGCCACGCCAACCUUAUCUAUACGAGAGUGAAAUUCAACUGUCCGUGACUGCGCUGUUGAAUUAAGAACUCUAAGCGGAUCGCCUUUCGCCCACUCACUCAUACGCUCGUUCCCGCCGCUCGAAUUGAGGAGCGUUGCAGGGCCCUCAGCCACAACAGCAUAUUCCUUUCGCUUGACCCUAUUAGGGUGAGGAGAUUCACCUCGCCUUCUCUCGCCUCUUUUCGGCAGGCUUUGAGCACUCAAAGGAUAGAUUGGAAGCGCUCAGAGUGCGAGCGAGUGCAACACGUCGGCGUCUCCUUGACCAAGGCGGUUAAUUACCGUCUCGCCGAGGCUUUGAUCCGACGGCCCUGGAACGUGGAAUACCAGCCGCAGGACAUUAUUGACGAGAAAGAGUGGCCCUAAAAGCCCACCGAAAGACAGGGACACGCAGAGGCCCCAGGAAAGCGACUGGGUGGUGCGCCUGAAGGUGACUGCAGUCCUGUAACAGCAGUUCUUCCAGGCGUCCAGCAUAGAAGGCGUCUACCCGACAGUGACAGCUCAUCGCAGAGACUCUCCACGACUCUUCCGUCUUGUGAGCUCUCAACACUCAGAAGCGAGAUUGUAAGCCCAGUUGACCUCUGUCGCGAAGUAUCUUCGCUGCUUCACAGCAACACAUCGUAGCAGCUUAGCAGCGGUGACUUCAAAGCCUCAGCGUGGUCACUCGUCAGUCACGCGCACAGCUGCUGUUGCAUCCGUCGACGCAAGUACAGUGCCUCCUUCGUGCGGCGCAUAACCAAGCGGUGCAAACGACGCACAGCGCAGUAGCCACUGCAGGCCGCCCACCAAUCAGUCCCGAUCCGACAUUCCUUCAACCGACAUUGCAUGCCACCUUGCCAAACCCUCCCUCGCCGCCGGACACAAAAUGAACAACUAUGCCAACUUCGAUCCGGGCAGCCUGAACCCGAACAACCUCGCGCGGCAAGCGGGCCAGCAACCACCACAACCCAGCCAAAUGAAUGGCCUCAGCGGCGUCACGCAAUGGCCCAAUGUGGGUGCUCAGUCGGACAUGAAUAUUCUGUGGGAGUACAUCGUCAAGCUGUCGGAGAUGCAUGAGCAGAUAAGAGCCCAGACGCAGCAGGUGACGAGUGGCAUGCAGCAGAUUGAGAGCCUGAGGUCGGGCAACGCAGGCUCAUCGGGCGGCUCGUCUGCACCGCACGUCAACGGCGUCGUGAACGGUGUUCCGUCCGCAUCCACAGACUCCGCCGAGGUUGCGCGUCUUCAGCACGAACUGCUCAGCGCCCACUCCAAGAUCGAAGACCUCACGGCUACCAUCACGACGCUGCAGAAUCUGAACACGGACUAUGAAAACGCCAUCUCGCACACGCUUGACAAGCUACGCCCCUUCACACAGUCCCACGCGCAGGCACUCCUUGCCCAAAAGGCGCACUACUUGAACCUCCUAGAGCAAGAGCGGCACCAAAAUCUCGAGCUGCGCAUGGAGCAAAGCCGAUGGCAGCAAAAGGCCAAGGAAGUCAAGGACAUGCUCGUCGAGGCGAUGAAACUACAGAGUCAGAGCGAGAUUGGCUAUGUUAAGAAGAUCGCCGCGCUCAAGGCGGAUAACAGGAGCCUCAGAAGGAUAUGUGGGGUGCCGCUCAUGGACGACAGCGACGACGACAGCGAUGACUCCCCAGACAGACUGUUGGCGAGGGAUAGUGCACGGCAAAGCCCCCAACAGGGAAGAUCGGAGGCGGAGGGCGUGGCGCAAGGUGAAGAAAGACGGAUCACAAUCCAUUAGACACCUGGACACACUGGAUGAGAAGGGAAGGCAGAAUGAUACCCUGUCGAUUAGAUUGUUACAUGCAUAGCGCGGCGCUGACUGAUUCUGUCGCUGGGUUCCGGUGAAGUUCGAGCGGUUGAUGUUCUUGACAUGCCUCGUACACUCCUCGCUCGUUAUGUUGUUGAUGAUGCUCCCGGCUUCAAAGUCUGCGAGUUCUAUUUACAUCAACAGAGCCAUCUUUACAAAGGCGAGCCAAACCGGCGUGCACAGUCGAUCGUGAUAUGAGAUUGUUAGUCAGGUCAGCUCAGCCGCACUCAGUUGUCAUGCCUGAUAGGCUGACGAGCCCGGAGACCAGGCAGCACCAUUCCAUAACAGGACAAGGGGCAAAGUCUGGAAGAUCAGGUGAAAGAAACUUUCGAGAGACAAAAAUAGAGAAAGGGGAGAGAAAUAAAUUCGUGAGAGUCGAAAGCAGCGGAACUUGAUUGAAAGAUCUCAGUACAUAAUUGGUGCC